AUGGCUAGAAGACGGCGCCGUUCUAAUGGAGGAAAAGAUGAUAGCAGUGUUAAAGAAAAUUCUGCGAAGAAAAGAGACGUCGGGAAUUACAGCGUUGAAGCAGUCAAGGAGAAGUCUGCCCUAUCAGAGCGUAAUAACCCUUCUAGUGGCGACUCCGAAAAAGCUGAUUCACCCUCUACCGAGUUAUGUUCACCAAAUCAAAAAAUCCCCGAGUCAACAAGUGAUGAUAAUGAUAUGAAAUGUGGACUACGCACUUCUCGAAAAAGUAGUCGAUCAAAAUGUGCCAGAAGUUCGGAGAAGAAAAACAGUAAAGCUGAGAAGCAGGAAAUUGAGGAUGUACCAGACAACACAAGCGAUCACGUAAGUGAGGUCCACCCUGCUGUAACUCAAAAUAUCGAAGACAACAAUGACGAUGUUGUUUGUGAUAGUCAGGAGGUCGUCGGGUCCAAUCCUGCUGAGGAGGAGGGCGAUGGAGGACUUAUUAUGGAACCAGAGGAAAUACUGCACCUGUAUGAGCGUCUCACGGGAGAUAUACGCAAACCUCCGGAAAAGUCAAAAGAUCCUUUGAGAGAUGCCCGGCUACUUCGCAGGCAGCGUUUAGAGUCGCUGAACCAGCUCAAAACAUUGUCUUUACGACUUGAGGAUUUGAAUAGGACAAAUUCGCCAAUGGAAAAGUACCUUUCGUUUGAUGACACCGCGCAACGCGAUGCAUUGGAGAUAAUGAACAUUCGCUACGAAGAACUAUGUGAUGACAUAUUUGCUGCUGAUGAUGAAUUUUUGUUGAUGUUCGAAAAAGAAGAAGUUGGAGUAAACAAAGAAGACCAAGUGCUUAUUAAGCCUGGGCCAUCUAUUUGUAUGGAAACUGCAGCAAAUUAUGUUGGUGUCUGCAUGCAAAGUAAACUAACGGUACUUAUAUAA